AUGGACACACUAGACACACUGGGCACUGUAGACGUGUCUCUUCACUUGGGCCGGGCCUCUUGGCGGCACACUUUUCAUGUGCUGAGGGAGUCUACUCAGGCGGUCCUAUUGGGGUUGGACUUUCUGGCAGUGAACAGGGCGUUGCUCGACCUGGGGCGGGGGGUUUUGGAGAUCGGUGAUACGUGCCUCCCCUUGCUUUACCAGGCUCAGCUUGUCCCUGAGUGCUGCAAUGUAUCUCUGGCCGAUGGUGUGAUUAUACCUCCCUUAAGUGAGGCUUUGGUGCCAGUUCAUGUGCGUCCACCGGGUGGUGCUAACAGGCCAGUAACUGACUUUGAGGGCUACUUGGAACCAAAUGUCCCUGAUUCGGCUGGUUUAGUCGUAGCUCAUACCGUGGCUAAUGUGAAGAAUGGGGUUACUGUUGCGCGUGUUCUCAAUCCCUCUGGGAAAGCAGUGGAGCUCAAGCAAGGGCUGCACAUAGGGGAAUUUUAUCCUAUUCACGAGGUUGGUGCACCAUCGGUGGUGCCCACUUCACAUAAAUCUUCUGUCCCGUGUAUGGUCACAGACUCUCCAGUCAACGAGCGACAGAGGGCUGAAUUACAGGAGCUUUUGAGUCGUUUUAGUAACGUGUUUAGUACCCCAGAUGGGAACACUGGGAAGUGCUCUUUAAUCCAACACCACAUUCGCACUGGUGAUAACCCCCCAAUUAAGCAGCGGGCAUAUCGGACGUCUCCUGAGAAAAGGGCAGAGAUUGAGCGUCAGGUGGGUCAGCUACUGGCAGAUGGCCUGGUGGAGGAGAGCUUCAGUCCCUGGGCCUCACCAGUCGUGCUCGUCAAGAAAAAAGGGGGUCAGUGGAGGUUCUGUAUCGAUUACCGCCGUCUUAAUGCGGUUACAAUUAAAGAUUGUAACCGCAUUAAGACGGAUGCGCUGGCCGGGUCAAUGUGGUUCAGCACAUUGGACUUUUCGAACGGAUACUGGCAGGUGGAAGUUGCCGAGGAGGAUCGUGAAAAGACCGCCUUCACGACCGUGGUGUCACCAGACUUUUCUCGCCCCUUUAAAGUUUACACCGAUGCGUCAAAGGAUGCUGUUGGGGCGGUACUGGCGCAGGAGAAUGACGGUUUGGAACAUGUAGUGGCCUACGCCAGUCAAGCCCUCACUCACACCCAGAAACGCUGGUCCACCUUUGACCGUGAACUGUGGGCGGUUGUCUGGGCUGUGCGCGAGUUUAAACAUUAUGUGGAGCUGUCAGCAUUCACUAUUGUUACUGACCAUCGUCCUCUACUAGGCCUUCGUGGCAUGUCCAUUGACAAUGACCCUACUGGUAAAAGGGGGCGGUGGAUCCUGGAGUUGGAUCCCUUUAAUUGGGCCAUCAUCCACAAGGACGGAUCACGGCAUUUGAAUGCGGAUGCGUUGUCCCGCCGCCCUGCUGAGGCCACAGCUCCUGCCAUUGACUGUGUGAAUGUGAUUGAUGUUGGGGGGGCGAAUAGUCAUGACCAGGCUAGGGAGUCGUUACCCUCCUCUCCAGUGUACUCUCUCUGCUGUGAUGAGGCCAGGUUGCGGUCCCUGCAGCAGGAUGACCCAGACAUCAGGGUAGUGCUCGGGUGGUUAGAGAGGGGAGUAGGUCGGCCACCUCGUUGGGAAGUUAAGGGGUCUUCUCUCUGUCUCCGGAAAUUGUGGGCUGAAUUUGGUCGCUUCUCUAUCAAUGAGGGACUGCUGUGUAGGACAGAUAGCCCCACAGUCUCCGGCCUGGAGCGGUUGCAGGUUGUCAUCCCGUCCUCUCUGGUCCCUGAUCUACUCCAGCAUCUUCACGGGGGGCCGGCUACUGCGCACUUCUCUGUGGAUUGGGUCUGGGAGAAGGCGAGGCAGUCUUGCUACUGGCCUUUUAUGCUUAGAGACAUAAGACAGUGGUGUGAGCAGUGUAGGGCUUGUCAGACUCGCAGGUCGCCUAUUCCUAAGCCUAGGGCGCCCAUGGGGGUUAUGCAGGUGUGUCGUCCUCUGCAGCGUGUGGCGGCUGACAUUUUAGAGCUACCUGUAAUCUCUCGGGGAAAUAGCACUAAGUUUUCUCCCUUUUAUCUGAUGCAUGGCCGCGAGGCCCGGGUCCCAGCAGAUGUUCUUGUAUCUAACCCUGUGUUCAACUCUGUGGGGGCGGGAUCUGUGUCUGACUAUGGAGAUAUGUUAGUUAAAAGGUUGGAGUUUGCAUUUGGUGCGGCCAGGCUUCAUGCAUUGGAGGCCUCUGAGAGACAAAAACUUUACCAUGACCAGACAGUGUGUCAUCGGCCGUACGGUGUUGGAGCGUUGGUGUGGCUGAACAAUCCAACGGAGAGCCGUACUAAAUUAGCGCCGCAUUGGAGGGGCCCGUACCAGGUGGUGCAGGUAUUCUCGUCAGGGGGUGAACCAGCUCAAACCUAUGACAUCAUUAAUCCGCUGGAUACUCAGGAGCGGAGUCAGGUGGUUCAUCAUGACAGACUCAAACCAUACACUCUGCCGCUCCCUGCUCGGUCCCCUGCUAGUCGGGUUGUCGCAUCGGACCCUUUCUUGCAUGGAGGGGAGGCAAGUUUGGAGCCAGCGCUGGCCCAGCCGCAGCAGUCUCGGUCGGGACGUCUUGUUAAAGCCCCUUCACACCUCAAGGACUUUGUAGUUUGA